AUGGUGUCUGUUGCCCUUUUCCUGCUAAUGGCUCUGGCCUCUUCUAAUGGAUUCAAUCUGGACACGGAAUAUCCUACAAUCUUCCAGGCAGAUGGAGCUGAGUUUGGGCAUACUGUGGUCCUGUAUGAGGGUUCUCGCUUGGUGGUAGGAGCCCCACUGGAAAGGACAUCCAUUAACCAGACAGGCCGACUCUACAACUGUGAAUAUGGCAUUAGGAAUUGUGAGCCCAUCCCCAUGCAGAUCCCUCUAGAGGCAGUGGAUAUGUCCCUGGGGCUUUCUCUAACAACUAGUACAAACCCUUCACAGAUUCUGGCCUGUGGACCCACAAUACACCAAGCCUGUGGGGUGAACAUGUAUAUGAAAGGUUUCUGUUUUCUGUUGAAUUCAAACUUGCAGCAACAUCAGAAGUUCCCAGCAGCCCUACAAAAGUGUCCCAAACAAGACACUGAUAUUGCGUUCCUGAUCGAUGGCUCUGGAAGCAUUUCUGCACCUGAUUUUCAGAAAAUGAAAAACUUUGUGAAAGCCGUGAUAAGUCAAUUUGAAAAACCCAGCACACAGUUUGCCCUGAUGCAGUACGCAACCGAAUUCUUCACGCAUUUCACAUUUGACACAUUCAAGCACAGUCAUGAUGUUGAAAGGCUGGUAGACAACAUUCAUCAACUUCGUGGAAUGACAAAAACUGCCUCAGGCAUCAAAAAAGCCAUAAAUGAACUCUUUCAGAAAACAAGUGGAGCACGGGAACAUGCCACUAAGAUCCUCAUUGUCAUCACAGAUGGAGAGAAAUAUAACGACCCCUUGGAAUAUAGUCAUGUCAUUCCUAAAGCAGAGAAAGCUGGAAUAAUCCGAUAUGCAAUUGGGGUGGGAUACGCUUUUGGACGUCCAGCCUCCAGAGAAGAACUAAAUGAAAUAGCAUCAAAACCCUCAAAGGAUCACAUAUUCUGGGUUGACAACUUUGGAGCACUCAGCAACAUUCAAAAUCAGCUAAAAGAAAAGAUCUUUGCCAUCGAGGGUACCAAGUCCAGGGACAGUAUCUCCUUCCAGCAUGAAAUGUCUCAGGAGGGCUUCAGUGUUGCAGUUACACCAGAAGGGCCAGCCCUUGGAACCGUGGGAAGCUUUGACUGGUCAGGCGGUGUCUUCUUGUACUCCCUAACUGGACCCUCCACCUUUAUCAAGACAUCCAGUGUGGAUACGGACAUGAACAAUGCUUACCUGGGUUAUUCUACUGAAGCAUUCAUUUGGAAUACUGCUCCAAGUCUUGUCCUGGGAGCCCCCCGAUACCAGCACGUGGGGAAGGUUGUACUCUUCAUCAGGAGACGUGGAACCUGGGUACAGAAGGCUGAGGUCAAAGGGACACAGAUUGGCUCCUAUUUUGGGGCCACACUCUGUCCUGUGGAUAUUAACAGAGAUAGCAACACUGACCUGAUCCUCAUUGGAGCUCCCCAUUACUAUGAACAGAACCAUGGAGGCCAGGUGUCCAUCUGCAUAUUACCUUUACAGAAUGCUAAAUGGCAGUGUAACAACAUUCUUUGGGGGCAGCAAGGACACCCCUUUGGACGUUUUGGAGCAGCGUUGACUGUGCUAGGGGAUAUAAAUGGAGAUAAGUUAACAGAUGUGGCUGUGGGAGCACCAGGGGAGGAAGAAAACCAUGGAGCUAUCUAUGUGUUUCAUGGAGUGUCUGGAUUCAGCAUCAACCCUUCUUGGAGUCAGAGAAUCAGCGGCUCCAUCCUUUCCCCCACACUCCAGUAUUUUGGUCAGUCACUGAGUGGGGGACAAGACGUCACCCAGGAUGGACUCAUGGAUGUUGCAGUAGGAGCCCGUGGACAGGUACUGCUAUUCAGGACACAGCCAGUAUUGAAUGUUAAAGUGUCCAUGGAGUUUAUGCCAGUGGAAUUGGUAAGGUCUGUGUAUGACUGCCAGAAACAGGAGGCCACCAACAUAGAAGCAGGGAGGGCCACUGUCUGCCUCACCAUCAAAAAAGUUAUUCAAGAUAGGCUGGGUAAUAUCCAGAGUUCUGUGAGUUAUGACCUGGCCCUGGACCCUGGACGCCUAAGUCCUCGUGCCAUCUUUGAUGAGACCAAGAACCGGAUACUAAAACGAGUUAAAACCCUGAAAUUGGGGAAUUACUGUGAGGAUGUAAAGCUGCUGUUACCGGAAUGCGUGGAGGACUCAGUGACUCCCAUUGUUCUGCGUUUCAACUUUUCUCUGGAGGGAAUGCCCAUCUAUCUUUCUGGAAACCUCCGACCUGUUCUAGCAAUGGGCUCUCAGAACCACUUCACAGCAGCUCUCCCUUUUGAAAAAAAUUGUGGUGAGGAUCACAUUUGUAAGGAUGAUCUCAGUGUCAUUUUCAGUUACCCUGGGCUGCAGACCCUGUUGGUGGGACAUUCCCUGGAGCUGGAUGUUGAAGUGACAGUGAAUAACCAGGGGGAGGACUCUUACAGGACUGUGGUCACCUUCGAAUAUCCCCCGGGACUGUCCUAUCGGCGAGUGUUGGUGACCCAGACCUCAAUGCAUCAGCGGCAUUCUUUCCGUCUGACUUGUGAUUCGGCAGUAGUCUCAGAGUCAGAGAAUUUGAGAAGCAGCAGCUGUAACAUCAACCAUCCAAUCUUCCGAAUGGGAGCCAAGAUUACUUUCAUAGCGACAUUUGAUGUGUCCCCUACAGCCAAUCUUGGGGACCAGAUGCUCAUCAAAGCCACUGUGAGCAGUGAGAACAACACGCCUAUGACCAGUAAAAACGUCUUCCAGCUGAAACUGCCAGUGAAAUAUGCUACCUACGUGGUGAUUAAGAGCAUUGAAGAUUCUACAAAAUAUCUCAACUUCUCAGUUUCAGAAAUGAAGCAAAGUAACAUUACUGAGUACAAAUACCGAGUGAAUAACCUGGGACAGAGGGACCUUCCCAUCCAUAUCAACUUCUGGGUCCCCAUGAAAUUUAAUAAGGUGUCUGUGUGGAACUGGACUGGCAUCAUCAUACACCCCCAGGAUUCCUCAAUUAAUUGUGCCCCAGAGAUUAAAGAACCCAGUCACUCUGACUUCCUGACCCACAUUCAGAAGACCCCAGUGCUGAACUGCUCCAUUGCUGUCUGCUUGAAAAUUAUCUGUGAUAUCUCCACCUUCAACAUCCAAGAGGAGUUAGACUUCACCAUUAAAGGCAAUUUGACCUUUGACUGGGUCAGCCAGACUCUGCAGAAGAAGCUAUCAUUCAUGAGUUCAGCUGAAAUUAUUUUCAAUAAAUUGAAGUAUUCCCAGCUUCCGGGACAAGAGGCCUUUUUAAGAACCGAGAUAGAGACAGUGGUGGAACAGUAUGAGAUCCAUGAUCCCAUUCCCCUCAUUUUGGGGAGCACCGUAGGAGGACUCCUGCUCCUGGCUCUCAUCACAACUGUACUGUAUAAGCUUGGUUUCUUCAAACGUCAGUAUAAGAACAUGAUGAAAAAUGAAGCUGAAGAUGUUGCUCUGAAAAAAGAAGAAUCUGGGCCCACAGCUCCCGAUGCAAACGCCACAUUCACCUAGGGCCUGUUUCUCUUGGGGUAGAGUCUCAGCCCUGCCUUUCCCUGGACAAAGCUAGGCCUGAGAUAACAGCCAUUUGUUGGGCUAUUUGUAAAAACUCUUUCAUAUCAGGCUAGCCCUGGGACCAAGUCCUUUAUAUGACAACACUCACAGGGCUUAACAGACUUGUCGCACUUCCUGAGAAGCACUGUUAUUUUGGUAUGUUUGAAUGGAUCCUCUUGUCUAUGAGUCAACCCUCCAGUUCUCUAGCCUGGAAACCCUACUUUGGGGACUGGUAGGUUAAAGGGCUACGAGAACCAUCAUUGUUGUGUUUAAAUAUAUUGAG